AUGGCCUCAAGCACAGAUAUAACUAUAACUGGCCCCUCCGGGAACGCUUACAGGUUUGCUGGCGACUACCUGCAUGAUGCUGCCCUGACUUUGCUGGUUUGUCACGCAUGCUGCUGCGGGCAGUCUGUGGCAGGCCUUUCCGCCCGCACCCAGUGGAUGUACCUAACGCUCUACGUGUCCCGUUACUUGGACCUCCUGGAUCACCAGCAAGCACCGUAUUUGGUGGUCCACAAGCUUGGAUAUAUUGGGGCCACGGUCAUGGCGCUGCUGUGUUUCCACUUCUUCAGCAAGACGUAUCAGAAGGAUGCAGACACCUGCCCUGCCUGGGCCAUUGCCCUGCUCAUGCUGAUGGUGGCCUUUUGUCUGACGGCGGACAGCACGGUCAUAGAGAUCCUGUGGACCUGGUCACAGCUCCUGGAAGGCUUUGCCAUGGUCCCACAGUACGUGUGCUCAUACCGCAAUGCAAAAGCGGGCUUGGCCGACAGCUGUGGGGUUUCUGCCUGGAUUUGUCUCAUGGGGGCGUAUAAGUUCUGCUACAUGCUGAAUUGGAUGCACAAGAAGUCCCGCAUACAGUGGUACUGGGACCCGAAUUCCUGGCUUUGCGGCAUUGUGAAUUGUAGCUUCUUCGUGGACUACGUGCUCUUCCGCCUGGUCAAUGUGAGCUGCUUGCGUCGCCUCACGCUGGCUUGCGACGAUGGGCUUCAUGUGGUCGGGGAGGAGCUCCAAAAUCGCCUGGGCGGAUGCCUCCUUUCACCUGGCCAGCGCGCCUCGAAAUGA